AUGGCCAGUCUGGUUAAAAGUGUGGAUCAGCUUGUUUCGAAGGCUACGUGUUUAUUCAAAGAAAUAUUCGACGGUGAGGCUCCUAAAAUUGCAGCGUGUGCUCCCGGGAGGGUUAACUUGAUAGGGGAGCACACUGACUACAAUUUGGGAUACGUACUUCCAAUGGCACUCCCCCUUGUCACUGUCGUGGUUGGAAGUGUCGCAUCGGGUCGAGAGGCUACCGUUGUCACUGUGAGCGAAAAUGCCGAUGAGCCAAGGAGAGUUGACCUGAGUCUGCCAAAAGAGGGAUUCCCACCGUCGGAGUUGGCAAGUGAGGGAUGUCCACUCGCUCCAGGGUUACCACAUUGGGCAAACUAUGUGAGAGGCGUCAUACAUCACUUCAGAGCUCACCCUCUCCCAGGUUUCAGAGCCGUGGUGGUCUCCAGUGUCCCCCUGGGAGCAGGUCUGUCCAGCUCAGCCUCUUUGGAAGUGGCAUUUUACACAUUUCUGCAGCAACUCAGGCCAGAUGAUGGAAACAAAAUAUCCAAAGCCAUUGCAUGUCAACAAGCGGAACACACUCAUGCCGGCGUGCCUUGUGGUAUCAUGGAUCAGCUUGUGUCAGUUCUUGGGAUAGAGAGUCAUGCUUUACUGAUCGACUGCAGGUCGUUGGAGUCCACUCUGGUGCCAUUAACAGAUCCUGGACUUGUCUUUCUCAUCUCCAACUCCAAUGUGAAACAUUCUUUGGCAAGUAGCAAGUAUGCCUUGAGACGUGCAGAGUGUGAAAAGGCUGCCAUGGUCAUAGGCAAACCCAGUCUUAGAGAUGCAACAAUGAAAGACCUGGAAGGCUCAAGGGAUCAACUAGAUGAUGUGACCUAUCGUAGAGCUUGUCAUGUCAUCGGAGAGAUUCAAAGAACAGUCAAAGCAGCUGAUUCUUUGAAGAGAGGUGACUACCAGCAGUUUGGCAAAGCCAUGGUGGAAAGCCACAACUCCCUCAGAGAUUUAUAUGAGGUGAGCUGUAAAGAACUUGAUGAUCUGGUGUCUGCUGCCAUGGAGGUGGAGGGAGUGCUGGGCAGCAGAAUGACAGGUGGAGGGUUUGGAGGUUGCACAAUAACUUUGGUGAAGGCCCGUGCCAUUGAAAGGACUAUAGAGCAUAUACAGAGGAGAUACAGUGGAACGCCAACUUUCUAUGUUGCAACUCCUUCUGUAGGUGCUCAGUCCCUCAAGCUCCCCUGA